GAUAAAUUGAUGUCAAGUAGGAGAAGAAAUCUUGAAGCACCAAUUGAUUCAUGGGUCGAGUUCAAAGAGUCCAUGAGGAAGCAUUUUGUUCCACAAUAUUUUCAACGGGACAUGGCGCAAAAGCUUCAAGCGUUGAAACAAGGACGCAAAUCUGUGGAGGAUUAUUACAAGGAGAUGGAUACAUUGAUGGAUCGACUUGAACUCGAUGAGGACAUGGAGGCUCUCAUGGCGCGGUUUCUUAAUGGGUUAAACAUAGAGAUUGCAGACAAGACUGAUUUACAGCCUUAUUCUAAUAUUGAGGAGUUGUUGCACAUUGCAAUUAAGAUCGAGAGGCAAAUCCAACGAAGGUCUCAACGGUAUUCUUCUAAAACUUUUCCCAAUUCUACUUCUACAUGGAAAAAGGAUAGUAAGAGCAUUGAUUAUAAGCAUAGAAAUCAAGAGAUUAAUGAGAAGCCUCAAGCUAAAUUUGAGAAAGGGGAGAGUUCUAGAACAGGGAAAGAAAAAGUAGAAAAGUCUAAUGUUCGAAAUAGGGAUUUAAAGUGUUGGAGAUGUCAAGGGGUAGGACACUAUAGUAGAGAUUGCCCAAAUGCAAGAAUUAUGACCAUCAAGGAGGGAGAAAUUGUUACGGAUGACGAGGCACAUGACGACAUAAAUGAGGAAACUGAUGAGAGUGAGGAGUUUAGUGAAGAGGACCCUACACAUAUAUCUUUGGUUACUCGACGAGCUCUAAACACCCACAUUAAGGAGGACGGCCUAGACCAAAGGGAGAACUUGUUUCAAACUCGGUGUCUUGUUCAAUCUGUACCUUGUAGUGUUGUCAUUGAUAGCGGUAGUUGCACCAAUGUUGUGAGUUCCAUUCUGGUCAAAAGACUUAAUUUAAAGACACAACCACAUCCAAGACCCUACAAGCUUCAAUGGUUGAAUGAUUGUGGGGAAGUACGGGUAACUCAACAAACUCUUGUUUCUUUUACAAUUGGAAAAUAUGUUGAUGAUGUUUUAUGUGAUGUUGUAUCCAUGCAUGUUGGAGAUUUACUACUGGGGAGGCCAUGGCAAUUUGAUCGUCGGUUUGAACAUUUAUUUUCCGAGGAGAUGCCUAGUAGUUUGCCACCACUUAGAGGGAUUGAACACAAGAUUGACUUCAUUCCUGGCGCGCCCAUUCCAAACCGACCAGCUUAUAGGACUAAUCCAAAGGAGGCUGAAGAGAUACAAAGGCAAGUAAGUGAACUCCUUGCUAAAGGGUAUGUACGUGAAAGUUUGAGUCCUUGUUCUGUUCCAGUUAUUCUUGUACCUAAGAAAGAUGGUUCUUGGCGUAUGUUUAACUUUCUUGGGUUUGUAGUUUCAUCUAAUGGUGUUGAGGUUGAUGAGGAGAAAGUAAAGGCUAUAAAAGAUUGGCCUACUCCGAAAAAUGUAAGUGAGGUAAGAAGUUUUCAUGGUCUUGCAAGUUUCUACCGUAGGUUCAUUAAAAAUUUUAGUACAAUUGCUUCACCCUUGAAUGAACUUGUUAAGAAAAAUGUAUCCUUUAUAUGGGAAAAAGAUCAAGAACUUGCUUUUAAUACUUUGAAAGAAAAAUUGAGUUCUGCUCCCUUGCUUGCAUUACCUAAUUUUGAGUCUACUUUUGAAAUUGAAUGUGAUGCUAGUGGAGUAGGGAUAGGUGCUGUAUUAAUGCAAAAUCAAAGACCUUUAAUGUUCUUUAGUGAGAAGUUGACUGGUGCAUCUUUGAGGUAUCCAACUUAUGACAAAGAGCUUUAUGCUUUGGUUCGUGCAUUGCAAACCUGGCAACAUUAUCUUUGGCCUAAGGAGUUCAUUAUUCAUACGGAUCAUGAAAGUUUAAAGCAUUUGAGAGUACAAAAUAAACUCAACAGACGACAUGCUAAGUGGUUAGAAUUUAUUGAAACAUUCCCGUAUGUCAUAAAAUAUAAACAAGGAAAGGAGAACAUUGUAGCAGAUGCUUUAUCACGAAGGUAUGAUGGAUUUUUGUUCCGAAAAGGCAAACUUUGCAUACCAUCUUGUUCCAUCCGUGAGCUACUUGUGAGGGAAGCUCAUGGAGGUGGUUUAAUGGCACACCAUGGAGUUUCUAAAACUUAUGAUAUGCUCUCUGAACAUUUUUUUUGGCCUAAAAUGAGACAUGAUGUUCAUAAAGUUUGUGGUCGUUGCAUAGCAUGUAAACAAGCUAAGUCUAGGCUUCAACCACAUGGUUUAUACUCCCCAUUACCAGUUCCUAAUGGUCCAUGGAUUGAUAUAUCAAUGGAUUUUGUUUUAGGUUUACCUAGGACUAGGAAAGGUUAUGAUAGCAUUUUUGUUGUGGUUGAUCGAUUUAGUAAAAUGGCUCAUUUUAUUCCUUGUCACAAAACUGAUGAUGCUAAACAUAUUGCAGACCUGUUCUUUAGGGAAGUUGUACGAUUGCAUGGCAUUCCUAAAAGCAUCGUUAGUGAUCGUGAUGUAAAAUUUUUAAGCCACUUUUGGCGUGUUUUAUGGGGUAAGUUAGGAACUAAGCUAGUAUAUUCAACUACUUGUCAUCCUCAAACGGAUGGACAAACUGAAGUUGUUAACAGAACCAUGACUGCUAUGCUUAGGGCUAUUAUUGAUAAGAAUCUUAAGACUUGGGAGGAUUGUUUGCCAUUUAUAGAAUUUGCAUAUAAUAGGGUUGUUCAUAGCACUACUAAAUGCACACCUUUUGAAAUUGUUUAUGGCUUUAAUCCUUUAACCCCUAUUGACUUGUUACCCAUACCGUCAAAAGAGUUUCCAGGAGAUUGGGUUUGGGUGCAUUUCCGAAAAGAAAGAUUUCCUACUCAAAGAAAAUCUAAGCUUUUACCACGAGGAGAUGGACCUUUUCAAGUUCUUGAGCGCAUCAACGACAAUGCUUAUAAAAUU